AUCUGAAAUCAAAGAACUUGAAUCCUCUUACAUAAGCUAGCCAACUGUUUGCUACCUGACUUGUGUCCAACUAAAGUUACUGUGUCACAGAUAUGAAUUAAAUCAGUGUUUGAUAUGGGCCGGAGCUCACUGGAACUGAGUACCACACCUCAAAUGUGCUACUACUUGAGUUCCUGCACUUCUUACAGAAUAUUAUUAGCUAAAAACGUAUUGGUGUCCAUUCUCUCGUCGUUGGAGGGCCGUUUGGAGCACCUGGAGAACUCGGUCAUUCCCAUGCACGACAGCACACAGAACCUACUGCAGCUGAAGGGGACAACGCAGAAGACGUUAUUCUACCUGGACGAUGCCAUCAGCCAUUACCAAGCCGUCCGAGACACAGACAAGGUCAUCAUACAGGGGCCUACAGGAAGACUUUCUGACUAUCUAGCCUGUGUUCACCGACUCAAGAAAGCAGAGCAGUACUUUCAACAGGAAGACCCGGACGGGCCUGAGCUGAAUAUGCUGAGAGGUCGUUUAGAGAGUGCCAAGUCACAGCUGGAGUCCGAGUUCCAAGUCCUGUUGGGGCGCUACAGCAAGCCAGUGCAGACAGUCAGAAUCCUGGAUGUCCUGGACAAAAAGUCACUGAAUGGGUCUGCAGGCGGAGUGGAGGAGGUACAACUCAUACCCCAAACUAGGCUUCAGGACAUCAUCUCCAUCUCCACCUGGCUGGUAGGUGAGGAUGCAGCUCUGACAGCUAAGAGGAGAGUCUCUGCCAGCAAAUUCAAAACACGGUCACUGGAAAGAAACCCAUCCCACCACUCUCUGGGAAAACUGGAGCCCAGCAGCUUUUUCACCAAUAAAUCCUACAGCUCCAAACUCAAAACACAGUCUCUAGGCAGAAAGCCAUCAAUAGAAAACAAGCCAUCAAUGGACUCUCUUGGAAAACUGAAAGCAAACAGCCUGUUCACCAAGAUGAUCGGCCUGAAGUCAUUUGGUAAUUUCAAAAUGCAGUCCCUGGACAGAAAGCCAUCACUAGACAAGAAUCCAUCACUAGACUCCCUCGGAAAACUGGAAUCCAGUAGCUCUUUCACCAAGGUAUCCACCACGAAGCCAUGCAGCAGACUGAAUAUUCCCGAUAUUAGACAACCAUCUUUGGAGUUCAUCCCAUUUCUGCCUAGAGACUCCACCUCCCAUACCUUCCCAUCUUGCAAACCCAAGCCCCCAGCUUCCACCUCCUACAUCCUGCCAUACUUCAGACCCAAACCCAGCUCAGCCUUUGACCUCAAGGCCCACUACGCCAUGGUGCGCUCCAAUCAGUUGGACUGCUCCAUGAAGGGUUUGAAGGACCACAAGAGUAGGAACCUCCUCUACCCGGUGUUGGAUUCUGCCGUCAAGAAGAACAAAAAAACAGGGCGGGACAGCAUAUUACACAUUGAGAUUGAGACCUACAUGGCCUGCAUCACAGCCUUCUUGUCCCUGGCCAAGAGUGAAUACACCAUGGUGUCCAAAGUCUUCCCUCUGAACUGCUCCAAUACCUUUGAAACUCUCAUCCAGGUGGCUCUGAACCAGCUGAUCCAGAAUGGGGAGAACAUCGUGUCCUCUGUCAGACGAGCCUGUUCACGUCACGACUACACAGCCCUUGUCGCCAUGUUACCUGUCCUGGGCCGUCUUCUGGAGGAGGACAAAGAGUUUAACACGUUACUAAAGUGCACAACAAGCGGGACCUUGGCCAAGUUUUCCAAACUCGUUACAUCUAUGAAGACCCUGGCAGCCAGAGCACUGUCAGACUUUUCUGCUCACGUCAAGAGCAACCCUGAUAGGGAGAGUAUGUCCAAGGAUGGAACGGUGCAUGAAUUCAACAGCAAUACAAUUCUAUUCCUGCAGCAGUUGCUGUCCUUUGCAGAUGCUGUUCGGUCCAUCCUUUAUCCUCAUGAUGUAGACAGUGACACAGUAACUAUGGAGGUGUCCAGUAGUGUUCAGGUGGACGUUCAACAUGACACUGAUGCAGAUGAAUCAGAAGAACAGCCAUCAGACAGUCAGGAGUCCAAGGGGAAUGACAAUCAGAGAGCACUGAGUCCUUAUGUCUGUAAAGUGCUGGAGCAUCUCCAGUACAACCUACAGAGUAAGGCCAAGGUGUACGAGGACCACGCUCUCGGGGCCAUCUUCCUCCUCAACAACUACAACUACAUCCUCAAGUCAAUGAAGAAGUCAUCUCUGUUUGAAGUGGUUAAAACCAGCGGCAGGGAUCCAGAGGUUGAGUACGGGGAACUGAUUGAGCAACAGAAGCAGGUGUACCAGCACAGUUGGUUGAAGGUGACCGAGUGCCUGACUGAAAAGAAUCUGCCCACCUUUAAGCCAGGUGACAAGUUGAAAGAAAAAGACUGUCAGGUGAUUAAAGACAAGUUCAAGAGCUUCAACGAGGGCCUGGAGGAACUGUGUAAGGCUCAGAAAGCGUGGGCCAUCCCAGACAGAGAGCAGCGCCAGGCCAUCUGUCAGGCCCAGAGAGAGAUGGUAUCCAAGGCCUACACAGCCUUUCUGCUGAGAUGUGACCAUGAGUUCUCCAAACACCCUGAGAGAUACCACAAAUACAGCCCAGCGCAGGUGGAGGAGAUGAUCGAGAGACUAUUUGAUAUCUCAGCCUGAGGUUGAGAACCUGCUUAGUUAGGAGAUAAUAUAAGGCCUUCACACUGCCUCUAUAGGAAAUAACACACUGUUGAUUUGUUUCCACACUACUAAUACUACAGCUUCAGUCCCCAUUACAUGUAUUCAUUAGAGUUCUA